AUGAAGGUCGCGGUGCUUCAGUUCAACCCUCGCCUGGGUGAGCUGGUCAGGAACAUGCAGCGUGCAGACACAAUACUGAGUGCAAAUCAAACAAAUCUCGAACUUCUGGUCCUCCCGGAAAUGGCCUUCUCAGGAUACAACUUCUCCAGCCUCGACCACAUCCGUCCGUUCUUGGAGCCAACAGCAAAAGGACCAACAGCACAGUGGGCCAUCAAGACAGCCUUAGCACGGCAGUGUACAGUUAUAGUUGGGUAUCCGGAGAUCGCAACCGCAGAAGGUGACAGUACUGAGGGCGGCAAGAACUACAACUCGACCAUCACCAUUGGACCAGACGGAAAAGUACUUGCCAAUUACCGGAAGAGCUUCCUCUACUACACAGACGAAACAUGGGCAGAAGAAGGCUUCCGCUCGACGACGGCACAGACGCCAUUCUUUGCAAGCUCUUUGGGAUCACUGGGAAUGGUAGGCCAUGGAAUAUGCAUGGACAUCAACCCUUACAAAUUCGCCUCACCAUGGACAAAUUUCGAGUUCGCCACGCACAUGCUUCAGCACAAUGUCAAGCUGGUCAUUCUCAGUAUGGCAUGGCUGACUCGACUGACGCCGGAGGACACCAUGGUCAACCCAGAGAGGCCGGAUAUGGAGACUGUGGCAUACUGGCUGGAGAGGUUCUGGCCGUUUGUCGACAGUCAGCCACAAGAUCCGAUCGUCGUGGUAUUUGCAAACAGGUGCGGCAGCGAGGGUACAGAUAAAGGCAGUGCGAGGAUGGAUCAUGGCGAGGUGAUUGAGCUCGGAGAUCGCGUCGCGUAUGCUGGGAGCAGUUGUGUCAUGAGAUUCCAAGGCGGAUCGGUCAAGUUGUGGGAGCAUUGGUGCGGGCCGAAUAAGGGAGACGUCGGCUUGCUGGGUAAAGGAGAGGAGGCCAUGGUAGUGGUAGACACAAGCCUAGCGGCAGGCUUCCUCUUACAGCAGAAAGCUGGAUAG